AUGGCUGAGCGUUUCGCUGGGUUGUUGCGGGGUGUAGAUCUGUUGCGGGGGACAGAUGACCGGUCCCGGUGCGUGUUUGGCACGCGGUUCGAGGUUUAUAAGAACCGUAUACACGGGUACAAGCACACAGACUCGCGGAACUCCAAGCGGGUGCCUUGCACGCUGGAGAGUGCGCGGCGUGGGUUUGUGCCUAGGCGGUUACUGACGAUGCGGGUUGGGGUGAACAACGAUGAGGUGUUCCGGUGGCUGGACGACCAAGGAGGCGUGCCGCGCGUGGCGCCUCUGGAGUACCAGACGCUGCUUGUAGGUGGCAGUGCGUUUAAGCUGCUGGGUCAGACGAAACCGCUGGAGUUCGAAGGACAGGUGUAUGAUGUGGGGACUGUACGGACGUCCCUGUACGGAGACUUAUUGCUGGUGAGUGCUAAGAAUACAGGUGUGGUGUGUCUAUGCUACAUAUCUGAGAAGUUGAACGAUAUAUUCCUAGUCGAUAGGUUCGAAGGCAAUUGUAGCGUGUCUUGGAGUUUUGCGUGCUCUAAAACAACAAACUCCUUUGCAAUCUAUGAUAAGGCCAGCGGAGAGUGCCACGUAUUCACCGUUGAUGAUUCUCUGGAGUUACAGCUCACCGGUGAGCUGAGUCUCGGCGAACCCGGUGAAGUUACCAUUCUGAAGGCCACCUUCCUUGAUAAUAAUUCUGUGUCUAGACCACAAUUGCUACUUGUGAUAUCGCGUUUAUCCUUGGUUUCAUACGUGCUCAUCGACUAUGAUGCCAAUAAUAUGCUCGAGGAUUGCAAUUAUCACGAGCUGCCGUAUCUUAGCGGAGAUGUCAUUCAGGAUAUAAUCCCGCUGAGCAGAAGCAAAUGCCUAAUGUACACGAUAAACUCUUUCUUUCUCAUUAACGCGGACCAGAUUAUGUCUGGCGACCUAAAUUUCCCUCGGAUAUCCAAACGACUCCUAAAAGGCACAAUAGACUGGUUCAACGCUCCACAGUUACUGGAGUACUUAAUUGCUCAUGAUCAGGAGUAUUAUGGAGAAUUCUCUGAUGCGAUCAUAAUUGGGACGGCAAUAGGGAACAUUAUCGCCUUACUUGUUAGUGAUAAUGGCAACAUCGAAUAUCAUACAUUGACAAGAUUUAAAGGUAUCAAAGCGCUCUGCUCAGCAGACCAGUCCUUGAUUUCUGACCAUAAAUUCAAAUUGCUUGUGCUUUCAUUUGGUAAAUCUAUUUCAUUGACUUUGAGUUUAAAAGACAUAUUCAACUUUGAGCACUAUGAAAACUUACCUUCAAACUUAACUUCAAAUCUAUGUGAUAAAAAGACAGUGACUUCCGAUUCAGAAAAUAACUUUGAUAUGGUACUUAUUGACCCAAUCCAUUCCAUAAAAGAAUCAUGCCCCGAAAUAUGGCUAACUUCACCACAUAGCGUAUCAAAACUAUCAAUCGAAAACCCUACAAGGAAAUUCAGAUUCCUUGGAUAUUUGGAGGAAAACCAUCAGUUCUCAACUUUAUUUCCUAUUGAAAUCCAUAAUACCUAUGACAAACAUUCAUCCAAUGGCAUCUACCACACUGACAUUCUUGCAUUAUCAUCUUACGAGGGUUAUACAAGAGUUGUGUCCAUUAAUUCGAAUGGCAACACCAACCUUGAGGAUGAUACUAUUUUUAUUCCCAAUGAAAAAAUCGAAACGCUCGAGCUUCACAAAGUGAAUGAAUCAGUUAUACAAGUAGGCAGAAAAGGAAUUUAUUGCCGAGCGAUAACUUCUCAUCCGUCAUCUACAGUGAGCUACGAACCUUUCGGUAAUGAUUCUAUAGAUCAAGUAUGUUUCAUUGGUAACCAACUAUUCGUCGCAUUGAGAGAUAGUAAGGAAAUUUGGUGGUCAUCCGCAACUGAUGAUUUAUUAUUGGUAAACAAUAUGACUAAAAUUAAUCUUGUCACCAGCGAUAAUGAGAUUAUGAACUUUGAACACAUUACCAAAAUUUGUGCAAUUCUUGACACUUCUUCGAAUGAUGAUAUAGCCUUAUUGGUACUAAGUCUAGAGAGUCUCAAAAUUUUUAAAACCAGUACAAAUACUGCCAUCUGUGUAGACACAAAACUACUAAAUGAGUUUCCCAGCGAUAUGGUAACUUUAGGCUCCACAGUAGUCCUUUUUUAUGAAACGCGAAUAUAUGCUUACAAACUCGAUAAUUAUAAACUACGAGAUUGCAAGUAUACCAGUAUCGACAAUCUAAUAGGCGGUUUUAAAUUCAAGAAAGUUGAUAAUAAUAGACUACUGCUGUAUGGGUCAAAGAAAUUAUAUCUACUUGAUAUACAAAAUGAUCUUACCAUCGAAGAAAUUGAAGUAUUUGAAAACCUGAAAAACGAUAUAAUUCUCGAUUGCUAUUUCGAUAUUAAAACCAAGAAAAUGUAUUCACUAUUAUACAAUGGAAUACAAGUCUCGGUUGAAGGGAUUUCAACGUAUUAUCCGAAAAACUAUACCAUUCGCCAUACUAGAAAUCCGAAUAAGCAGUUCCUUUUUCUUUCCAAACUGAAUAGAAUGUUGAUUGUUAAUUUUGAUAUCGGUGAAUGGGAGCUUCUAAAACUGAGAAAUAAUAAAACUCUCACAUUGGAUAAAUGCUAUUUAACUGAUAAACAUAACAAUUUAGUACAAAGCGUCUAUGAGCUGCCAGGAUCGAAUCCGAACACUAGAAUUCUCUUAAAUUAUGGUUCUAGUGUCUCCAUCAUUGAGCUAAGGCCUAAAAAGGGUAAAAUAGAUAUUGGAAUAAUAUCGUCUACUGAUAUUCCUGACAUCCACAAACAUGCUCAGAUAAUGAGCAGUGACGUCGUAAUGCUCUAUCGACCAGGGUCAUACUCUAAUUCUGAAAGGCAUAAGCAUAUGUUUAUUCUUUUAUCAGGAUGUUCACACGGUCAUCUGUCUAUAGAUGAAUGGUUUGCCUUUGACACUCUCCACUCAAUAGAUGAAUUCAUUGUAAAAGAUGAUGAAUUAUAUUUUAAAACUGAUAAUGGAGAACAUAUAUUUAAAGUUGUCAAUAAUGCGGCCUUAAAAGAAGCGAUUGUGAUGAAACUAAAUAUUCCAUUCGAAUGUAAAGUAGAACAACUUCUGAAUUUCAGCGAUAGAAUUGGAGUUGUGUGUUCCAGUGAUUUGCGAGGAAUAGCCAAGUCACAAAUUCUCUUUUUUGAAAGUAAUAGGACUGAUUUUAUUGGUAAAUCUAGGAAGAUAAUGUCCCGUACACGGAAUGUAUCAUCUCAUGAUUUUUUGGAGACUAAUGUCGGUAGCGAUGACGAUGAGUGUAUCAUUGGAUAUGAAGCUUGGGAUGUAAACUAUUUGGAUCCAGACAAUGGCUCAGACUCCAUGGAUGCUGACGGUAGAAUAAACUCAUCAGGUUCGAGUAGUGACGAUAUGUCAAUUGAUUCCGAUGAUGAUAUUUCCAUUAAUAUAGAUAUGACUGUUAAUGACCAAGUUUUGCGGUUCGGUCCUUCAGUAGGUAUUCAGCAAGAUCUUGAUGAAGAUGGAAUAGGUUCUACCAUUCUAUCAUCUGCAGAUGCCACUCAUAAUAAUCACCCUGUUGGUAAUAAUGAGCUAUCAAAUUUACUAGAUGUUCACCAUAUUACUAGAGGUAGACAGUUUUUUGAGAGUGUCGUUUCUCGUUCACAUGAUACUCCACUGUCAAUAUUGCAAAACUAUAGACUGCUCAAUCCACAGGUAAUAUCAGAAUCUGAUACAAAAGACAAAGACCAACAUAAGGAAGAAACAAGCGAACCAAUUUAUACCAUCAAUUUUGAUCAGUCGGUCAUUCGAGCGAAAUCUCAUAAUGACAAGCUAUACGUGAUAUUGUUCGAUCAAUCGGUACUUGUGUUCACUUCGGAGUUGGACGCUAACAAAUCUGAUGAAUAUCUAACAACUGAAACAUAUACAUCUACCAAUUGUAUGGGAGCAUAA